AUGGUGGUUCUACUAAACACAAGUCUUCGUUUUGUUGUUGUUCAUCUUCUUCUACUUGCAACAUUCUCUUGCUUCUCGUUUAGGCGCUGUUUCAGCCAAGACAGAAUCACCUUCACUACUCCGAUCAACAACUCAGAUACCCUUGUCUCCAAAAGUGGUGUUUUCAGGUUUGGUUUUUUCACCCCUGUAAAUGCCACUACUCGGUUACGUUAUGUUGGGAUUUGGUACGACAAGAUUCCAAAACUAACUGUGGUUUGGGUUGCCAACAAAGACACUCCCGUCAAUGACACUUCCGGUCGUGUUUCCAUCUCUGCCGACGGCAAUCUCGUGGUUACCGGUGGUGGAAACCGCCUUCUAUGGUCAACGAACGUCACAGUACCAGUGGCUGCAAAUGCUAAUUGGGUUCAGCUGAUGGAUACUGGGAAUCUUGCGUUACAAGAUAAUAGAAACAACGGUGAAUUUCUCUGGGAGAGUUUCAAGCAUCCUUAUAACACUUUUUUACGAAAAAUGACUCUUGGGACCAACAAUAGAACCGGAGAGAAUCUGAAGCUAACUUGUUGGAGAAGCUAUCAAGAUCCUUCAACAGGGAACUAUACAGCUGGUCUUGCUCCUUCAAUGUUUCCUGACCUAGCGUUUCCUGAGCUUCUGAUCUGGAAGAACAAUGUUCCUAUUUGGCGUAGUGGACCAUGGAACGGCCAGUAUUUCAUCGGUUUACCAAAUGUGGAUCUUCUUCUGUCUCUUGAAGGGUUUAAUCUUAUGAUUGAUAACCAAGGAACAUUUUUAAUGUCAUUUUAUAAUGAUUCUUUCAUGUAUCACUAUAACUUGGAUUCUGAUGGAACCAUAUAUCAGACGCAUUGGGAUACUUCUUUGAGAGACUGGAGGAUCGGUGCAAAGUUUCCAUCUACAUAUUGUGAUGCAUACGGUAUAUGUGGCCCAUACGGGAGCUGCAGUUCCCAGGAAAAAACACCUUGUAAAUGCGUCAAAGGGUUUGUGCCGAGGAAGAACUCAGAGUGGAAUGCAUCGAACUGGAGUAAUGGAUGUGUGAGAAAAGCUCAAUUGCAGUGCGAGAGGCAGAGCAAUCUAAAUAAUGGAGGAGGAAGAGAAGAUAAGUUUGUGAGACUUAAGAAGAUGAAAGUACCAAGCAAUGCGGUACGGUCUCUAGCUAAUGAGCAAGAUUGUCGUAAACAAUGUAUAGAUAACUGUUCUUGCACUGCUUAUGCUUAUGAUCGAGGAAUCAGAUGCAUGCUUUGGAGUGGUAACUUAGUUGAUAUGCAAUCAUCCUUGAGAAAUGGGAUUGAUCUUUAUAUCCGACUUGCAGAUUCUGAAUUCAAAACACAUAGCAAUCGAUCCAUUAUGAUCACUGCACCCGUGCUAAGCGUCGCGUUUGUUGCUGUUGUCUGCCUUCUUUUAGCAUGGAUAAAAUUCAAAAAACGUCCAGAUAAAAGUGCAGAGCUAAUGUUUAAGAGAAUGGAAGCACUUACAAGUGGAAAUGCGUCUGCUUCUAACCAAGUGAAGUUCAAGGAGCUUCCACUCUUUGGGUUUCAAGUGUUAGCCACAGCAACUGAUAGCUUCUCUCUAGCAAACAAGAUCGGACGAGGUGGAUUUGGUCCUGUUUACAAGGGAAAAUUGUCGGAGGGGCAAGAAAUUGCAGUGAAGAGGCUCUCACAGGCAUCAGGACAAGGACUUGAGGAGCUUAUGAAUGAAGUGGUUGUGAUUUCAAAGUUACAACAUAAGAAUCUGGUGAAGUUACUUGGCUGUUGCAUUGAAGGUGAAGAAAGACUGUUAGUCUACGAAUAUAUGCCAAAGAAAAGCUUGGAUGCUUAUCUAUUUGACCCAUUGAAGCAAAAGCUUCUUGACUGGAAGACUCGGUUCAACAUUAUUGAAGGAAUUUGCAGAGGUCUUUUGUAUCUUCACAGAGAUUCAAGACUAAAGAUCAUACACAGAGAUCUAAAAGCCAGCAACAUUUUGUUAGACGACAAUCUGAAUCCAAAAAUAUCCGAUUUUGGGCUUGCUAGAGUUUUUCAAGCAAAUGAAGAUGAAGCUAACACAAGAAGAAUUGUAGGAACAUACGGCUAUAUGUCACCUGAAUAUGCAAUGGAAGGUUUAAUUUCAGAAAAGUCAGAUGUUUUUAGCUUGGGGGUUAUAUUCCUAGAGAUCAUAAGUGGGAGAAAAAACUCUCACAAGGAAGAGAAUAAUCUAAACCUUCUAGCUUAUGCGUGGAAGCUCUGGAAUGAAGGUGAGGCUGCUUCUCUAGCAGAUCCAACCGUGUAUGAUGAGUAUUUCGAGAAAGAGAUAACGAGAUGUGUUCAGAUUGGUUUGUUGUGUGUGCAAGAAGUUGCAAACGAUAGGCCAAACGUUUCUACCGUGAUUUGGAUGCUAACGACCGAAGACACGAACCUCGAAGAACCGAAGCAACGUGCGUUAAUAGAAAGAAGAGGAUCUUCUGACCAGAGUAGUCAAAAGGUCUCUAUCAGUAAUGUGAGCCUCACAGCCGUAACUGGGCGUUAA